CUCCAAAUCAAUAACUUGUUUCAGUUCCGCCCAUUCGUGCUCGAAAACCAGCAGACAGCUCUCUCGAUCUCUACUUUUGCUCCAGCUCAGUUUUCUCCAGUUGCCUCCGUGAUUCAUGAAUUACAACUUCGCGCUGAGUCUGGAUAUGUGUCUCAACUCUUCCAAAGGUCUUUUCUUUCAUUCUCGCUGAAUAUUUUCUCUCUUGAAACGAAGAAAUUCUUUUUCAGGCACUUGUUCUUUCAUUUGAUUCAGUCAUUGGUUUUAAACAUCAUAUACGAUGGGUUUUCCGUGAAUUUGUUUCAUUCUUGAAUUUUGAACAAAUUUCUUCGUAUGAAACGUCUAUGAGAUUUGGUUACGUGUUGAUAGGAGAGAUUGGAUAGGGUUUUAUUAGUUAGGGUUCGAGAUUAAACAAAAAAAUAAGGGGUCCAUGAAGAGUCGAUCCCACCACCCGGCCGCGUCUCCAGCUCCUGACGACUGGGUGGAUGGCUCUUGGACAGUUGAUUGCGUUUGUGGUGUGAAUUUCGAUGAUGGUGAAGAGAUGGUCAACUGUGAUGAGUGCGGGGUUUGGGUGCACACUCGAUGCUCGCGAUAUCUUAAGAGCGAGAAGUCUUUCGUUUGCGACAAAUGCAAGAGCAAGAACUCGAGGAAUGAUAGUGAGGAGAAGGAAGUUGCCCAGUUGUUGGUUGAGCUACCCACUAAAACUUUGAACAUGGACAAACCAUUACCUCCUAGAAAUGCACUUAGGCGUCCAUUUAGGCUUUGGGCUGAACUACCUAUGGAGGAGAAAGUACAUGUUCAAGGCAUCCCUGGUGGUGAGCCUGGCCUCUUUAGUGGGAUGUCAUCCAUUAUUACACCUGAACUUUGGAAGUGUACUGGUUACGUUCCAAAGAAGUUCAAUUUUCAGUAUAGAGAGUUUCCUUGUUGGGGAAAAAAGCAGGAGGAUGAGGUGAAAUCACAAGAAGGAAAAGAAGUUCCUAUGGAUAAGGUUGCUGGAAUGCUAUUCUCGCUUUCUGAGGAUAAUGUCUCAAAUAAACCUGUGGGAACACAGGUUGCUAUGAAAAGGUUAAUUAACGACCGUUCAAAAAUUAUGACACAUUUGGAAGGAGAAAAUUUAGAUUUGGGGGGGCGUUCACAGGGAAGUGGGUCGAAGAAUGAGAAGAACUUACAGGGAUCCUUGCUGAAUCAAUAUGGAAAGCGGAAGAAGGAAGAUACAGGAAUAUUCAGUGAACGAUUGAAAAAGAAGAAGGUUGGAGUACAUGAUGAAGAGGGUAGUUUUAAAAAGUUGCUUCCUCGUCCCACCAAAACAGUAUCCACGCAAACAAGUGACGCAAAACAAUUGGAAUUGUGUGAAGACAGUGGUCUUAAGGCUGUCAAGACUUGUAGUCAAGGCAUCAAAAGCACAAUUUUAAAGGAUACUUCAUGUUCUGUGGUGAAUAUCAAGAAUGCUGCUGGUUCAAGUGAGCUACCUUCAGAUGCUGCAUCUUUGGAUACAACAACUGGUAAUGAUAUUUCAAUUCAACUAAAACCCACGGGAAACAAGGAUGGUCAACAAGUAUCAGCGAGGUCUGAGAAUUCUCAAAAAAAUGGUGAUAGUUUGGCAUUAUCGAGAGGAAGAAAAAAUCAUCGCAGUACUUCAAUGAAAGACGAGGACAUUGAUCUGAAGUAUGAUGUGGCGAAGGAUAAUGGAAAAAGUUAUUCACUAAGCAAUCCAACUGACUCUCAAAAGGCAGUCGUCAAAGGCUGCACAACAGUACCUGUGACUGAAAUUAAUCAAAGUUGUCAGGAUAGCAGUUGUCACAAAUUGCCAAGUGCUCCACCAUUGUGUUCCAAAGCAGAAAGAGAUGGCGGUGCUGACGUACAUCUCAAUACGAAGACCUCAGAAAGUCACCCCAUGGCUGAAGACACAAGUGAAAAAUCUACGGAAAAUGGGAAAAUGGGUAAAACUGUUGGAGUUCUCAAUUCCGAGCCCAAACAACAAAUGGAGGUCCCUGAAAGCUUUGUUGUUUCAGAGAAAUCUCAGAAAAAUCUUUCAGAAAAUAAACUUGAUUUGAAGCCUGCCAAUGAGCCUUCAAAAUCCUCUUCAAACACAACCGCUACUGGGAUUUCCAAAAUUUCAAUUACUGGUUACCGUAGGUCUUUGAACACUCGGGGUCAUAGUGUUGACAAAGAACAUGGAAAAGAUAGCAAUUUGUCCAAGGAUGAAGAUGUGCAUCAAGUGCCAAGGAAAAUAUCUAAAGAACAUUCUAAAUAUUCUGUUAGUUCAACAUCUAAAUCAUCAUCACAUUCAAAGAAAAUUUCACACUCGUUUGUUACAAAGAAGACGUCUCCAGAUUCAAGGAAACCUUUGCCUCACACAUCUACUAAAUCAUCUUCUGCACCAAAUGCUGGAGAUACAAUCUCGACUGAAUCAGCUGGGUCAUUACAGAAGCAGAGGGUGCUAGAUGUGCAAAACAAAUCACCACUUCCCGGAUUACCCAAUAAAGCCGAAAAGGUUAAUAAUCUUUCAAGUGGACCACAAUCUACCAAGGUGACACAACCUGUGUCCUCUUCCAUAGCUUCAAAAACGCCUGCAGCACUAAGUGAUGAGGAGCUUGCUUUACUCUUGCAUCAAGAACUCAAUAGUUCUCCUAGAGUGCCUCGUGUGCCACGAAUGCGGCACACUGGUAGCUUACCUCACUUAACUUCACCUACUGGUACAAGCACCCUAAUGAAGCGGACAUCUAGUGCUGGAGGGAAAGAUCAGAAUUUUAUUCCUAAAAGAAAAGGCAAAGAUAUAGCUAAAGAUGCAUCUCAAAGUUCUUAUGGCAUGGAUAGUGAAGUUAAGAGGAUGAAAAGAAGGCCUUCUUAUUCACCCGAUCGGAAGAAACAUGACCCAGUUACAAAUACUGAUGCUUCUGCUAGGAGUUUGGGGGACAGUGGUUCUGGCAAAGGGCUACACUCUAACAAGAAGAGUACUCCUCCCCCUGUUUCAACUGCAUCUAUUAGCAGUGGUCCAGCUUCCUCUGCCGAGAUAAAUGAACAGAAUGUAGUGUCCAUGCACAACUCCCCCCAUCAUGCUUCUGAUGAUGAUGUUGGUGGCCCUGUUCAUCACACUUUACCAGGAUUACUUGCUGAGAUUAUGGGCAAGGGCCAAAGAAUGACAUAUGAAGAGCUUUGUGAUGCUGUGCUGCCGCAUUGGCCUAACUUGAGGAAACAUAAUGGAGAGCGUUAUGCUUAUUCAAGUCAUUCACAGGCUGUCCUAGAUUGUUUGAGAAACAGAAAUGAAUGGUCUCAGUUGGUGGACCGUGGUCCCAAGACUAAUGCCAGUCGAAAAAGACGCAAGCUUGACAUCGACGGGCAGGAAGUCGAAUCGGAGCAUGGCGGUGGUUCAAAUGGCAAGGAAAGAACCGAGGAAGCAGACAGUAAGAGUUUUGAUUCACGUAGAGAAGAAUUCCCCAAGGGCAAAAGGAAAGCAAGGAAGCGCAGACGGUUAGCCCUUCAAGGGAGGGGCAUUAAGGACAUUCGCAGGAGACGUCGUGUCGAUAUGGUUAGUGAAGAUGACAAUACAAGGUCACCUUCAAGCUCUACACAGGAGAGUUUGUCGAGUGAGGAUGACGGUUCGUCUGCCAGCUCUGGUGAUGCUGUCUGACAAAAAUUAUCACAACAAAAAUUGUUUUCUUUCCUUGGUCGUGAAGAAUGCUUUUUUUUUUUUUGUAUCAUGUUAAGAAAUAGGAUUAGAUAAUAUAUAUAUAAGCAUUUGGAAACUCAACUUAGUUAGAAAUAAUUAUAAUAUGUUUCUCAUCUUGGAUCUAGAAGUAGAAGUAUAUUAAAUAGUCUUAUAUGUUAUAAUGGAGGGAACAUGUGACCAUUUGAUAAAACUUUCUAAUAUUAGUUUGGAUCUAGAUUACAAAUUGUCUUUAAA